ACCCCUGAUUGGAAUGAACUGCAGCUGGUGAAAGACAAACAUGAGCUCAGAACAGAUAUCCCUCAAGUCACCAAAGUAUCACUACAGCAUGUGGGAAGUGAACUGUGAGGUAUCUUGUGUGCAGGUUUCUAUGCUAGUGGAAGAUGGCCAUGAUGGGAGUUUGGGCAGCAGUGCUAAUGACUUAUGGAAUCUAUAUAGGAUUUGCAAAGAACUCUGCAGAAUCUUGGUUCAAAGGUCACGUUCCACUGGAUCUGGCUCCAAAUGCUGUUGAUGACAUGUACACUGGUUGCAAGGACAAGAUGGACUCCAGAGUGAAGAAGCAGUACCUUACAAAUGAGAGAAACAAAGACAAAAAUUUCACACUGGCCUGGGGAGAAGCAGAGAAAUAUUACAACAAAAAAUGGAGGCGUAAAAAGGGAAAGAGACCCUCCACCGCACUGGGUAAAGAACAGAUCAUGGCUAUUUAUGUUUAUACUCUCGACAAACCAAAUGUAUAUCUUGAUUUCAAUAAUGCAGUUCGAACCCAGAAAUCCAUGUACAUGACCACAUUCAGGUAUCACACACUUCACUUUUUCCUGACUGACGCCCUUCAAACUCUCAACUCUCGCAAACCUGAGGCGGAAAGAUGUCUGACUGGCUACCGUAGAGUCAACAGCUACUUUAGCCAAGACGUUCUCAAUAAGGUGAUUCGCUUUGGCUCUUUUACCUCCAGCUCAAUGGGUUGGUACCCCAGCGCUGAAAGAUUUGGAGACAAGUCAUGCUUCGAGAUUGUCACAUGCUCUGGAGCAGACAUCUCGCUGUACUCAAAGCUUGGAGAGUCAGAGAGAGAAGCACUGAUUCCUCCCUAUGAGGUCUUUAAGGUAACAAAGACAGAGAGGAGAUCUGACCAGAAGAGUCUACCAUGUGAGGUGGUAUAUAAACUGAAGAGUACAGGCAAAGUCCUUUCCCAUUUAAAUUGUGCUCUUUUCUGAAAUAAACAAUCUGGCAGGGUUUUUAUUUUUUUUUCCUCAUACAGUUAACAUAAAAUAAAAUAUUAGGAUGCAUCAUUAAUUAUUACAAAUUAUCUUCAAAACUCAAGUGAACAUGGAUUUCUUUGUUAUACUCACGAUAAACACCAUUACUAUUUGAAAUAAUUUGACAUAAAAAAAUUUAAAUUAAAAGUUGAAUAGUCAGGUGCAGUGGUUGUACUGUGCAACAAGUGUUAAAGAAACCCAACAGAUAAUGAGUUAAUCUUGAAAAUAGUAUAACUGUUAUCAUGGAUCUGUAUUCUUUAGGGUAUCACAUUACUUUUUAACACAACGUAGAGCUAGUGCAGUUUAACAAAGGUUGAGCACAUCGUGCAUUGAAGAGUAUCAGCUGUGAACUGAAUUAGAAAUACUAAAUGGCUUUGAAGAGUUUUUAAGAGCCUGAUGAAGCGUUUUUGUUUUGUUUUGUUUUUUUGCCCUGGGUUUGACUGCUCAGGCAACAUACUGUAGAUGCUGACCUAUCCUCUCUGAUGGAUAUGUUGGGGCAGUGUGCUGCCUGUGACGAAGACUACAGACACUGCUCAGCACUGAAUAAAAUCCCUUGACCUACUCUGCAUGAAAAACCUCUGACUUCAUUGCACCACCACUUCUGAAAACCAAACCUAUGCCCUAAGACCUGCAUAUAUAUAUUGUAUUAGCUCAGCUCAACUCAACAGAUAUAACACAGGUCACCGAAACAUUACGACUGUGUG